CGUUUAAAACCAAACAAACAGACAACUCCAUCUCUCUCACCAACGAACCUUCCUUGAAAGUUUAAACCGCAAUUCUCUCCAUUCCUCUUCUAAAUCGCAGCCUUCCCAUCUCUCAACCCUCCCAAAAUCUUUUGUUUGUUUUCUUUUAUCUUCUAAAAGGUUUGUGAUUUAAGUUUCAUCCAAUAAUCUGGUCGGAACGCCAACAUCAUCUGUUUCGGUCUCUGGGGAUAUGCCAGAGAUCGAACAACAGCAGCAGCAAGUAGUGCUCCGCAUCCCAGACAAUGCCCUGUUCGGGAAAUACGAGCUGGGCAAGCUUCUGGGAUGCGGGGCCUUCGCGAAGGUGUACCACGCAAGGAAUGUGUUCACCGGCCAGAGCGUGGCCGUGAAGGUGAUCAACAAAAAGAAGCUAAACGGUACCAGCCUCAUGUCGAACGUGACACGCGAGAUUUCCAUUAUGAGACGGUUACGGCACCCAAACAUUGUCAAGCUUUACGAAGUCAUGGCCUCCAAGACUAAGAUCUACUUCAUCCUUGAGUUCGUCAAAGGCGGCGAGCUUUUCGCUAAGGUCUCGAAGGGAAGAUUCUCGGAGGCUCUGAGCCGGAAAUAUUUCCAGCAGCUGAUCUCCGCCGUAGGGUACUGCCACUCUAGGGGAGUCUACCACCGUGAUCUGAAGCCGGAGAAUUUGCUGGUGGACGAUAACGGGAAUUUGAAAGUUUCGGACUUUGGUCUCAGCGCGGUGACGGGUCAGAUCCGACCCGACGGGCUGCUCCACACGCUUUGCGGGACGCCGGCUUACGUGGCGCCGGAGAUCUUGACGAAGAGAGGGUACGACGGAGCAAAGGUGGACAUGUGGUCGUGCGGUGUGAUUCUUUAUGUAUUGAACGCCGGGUUCUUGCCGUUUAACGACCCGAAUCUGAUGGCGAUGUACAAGAAGAUUUACAAGGGGGAGUUCCGGUGCCCCAAGUGGAUGUCGCAGGAUUUGAAAAGGUUCUUGGGUCGGGUCCUGGAUACCAACCCGAUGACCCGGAUCACCGUGGACGGCGUCCUGAACGACCCGUGGUUCAGAAAAGGCGGCGAGUACAAGGAGAUCAGUUUCUAUGAUGAUGACAAACCGGACGAGGAGCAGAAAUGCAUGACGAAUUUGAAUGCUUUCGAUAUCAUUUCUUACUCGGCGGGUCUGGAUCUUUCCGGGUUGUUCGAGUCGACUAACCCGAUCCAGGACUCGGAGCGGAUCGUGUCGUCGGAGACGGUGGAGACGAUGGUGGGGAGAGUGGAGGAGUUUGCUAAGGAGGAGAAGUUGAGGGUGAGGAGGAAGAAGGAUUGGGGGAUGGAAAUGGAAGGGCAGAAUGGUAAUUUGGUGAUUGGAGUGGAGGUGUCGAGGUUGACGGAGAGUUUGGUGGUUGUGGAGGCCAAGAGAACAGGCGGGGAGUCUGGGCCGUUCAAUGACAUGUGGAAUAAGCUCAAACCCCGUCUUGUCUUAGGCCGUGAAGAAACAGUCGAAGAAGACUUGUCUUUGAUCGCUUCUUCUUCUUCUUUGUCGUCUGUAUAGUUGCUCGAGUGCUGAUUGAGAAAUUGAGAAAAUGGUUCAUUGUUUUGGUAAUGCUAUAAACAUAAACAUUAUUGAGAAAAAUCAAAAAUGUGAUUCUUUGUGAUUUGUAUUUGGUUGUGCUUGGAAUAAAUCAAGGUUAAGAUUACUACUAGUUGAUUUUGUAUCUGGGAAAAUAUGGAGUUAGCGCAACAUUGGCCGAAGAGACUACUAUGUAUAGAGCUUUGGUGUUGGUUUGGGGCUUAAUCAACAGAGAAUGAAGGGUGGGAGUAGAGCUCUCAACUCUGACUCUUGUUCUUUCGAAUUGUGUAACUAUUGUAUCCGUUCUUCAUCUUCAAUAAUAACUGAUUUUAUUUCACUUGUU